CUGCUUAAUAGAACAUAAUGCAUUAUAAAAUAAGACUUCUUCUUUGGCUUUGAAAAUUAAUUGUAUCUUCCUUUCACUUCAAUACAUAACAAUCUAAACAGCAAACAUGGCGAGAGAAAAGGAUAGUCCGGAAAAGCGCGCCAGGGGUGAGCGCAUGGCUCCGACAAAGCCCCAGCUUCAGCAAUAUAUAUACGAUCAACAUAAAUUUCGAUCCAUGGCUAUUAGGCCACCCAAUCAGCCCGCUGUACAAGUACAUGGCAGCUCGACUGAAGACACAGCAGUCGAUGCUACGGUCGAAAGUUCUGCAGCCUCCGCAAACGCGGUGGUCGGCUUCCCGUUACUUACACAACUUCCAGUCGAACUUCAAAGUAUAAUAUGGAAAGCCGCGAUACCAGUUGCACGUCCCACUGCGUACGAGAUCAUCCCGAUAAUACAGCCCAUUCAUUAUAAUGAAGACGGCACUGUCAAUCGUGACAACCUCCUAUGGCGCGUACACUUCUACAAUGCCACAUACAACGGGCGCUCUAGUAACGAUCAUAUCACGACGCUAUCGUCAUUGCUGCUAUGUUGCCAUCAGGCAUCAAAGAUUGCUAUUGCCGCCUAUCAAUACAGUCAACCAGAACUUCCAAUCUCGAUUCGUGACUUACGACAUAAAAUCGAUGGCGGCUCUGAUUUGGUCAUCGUUCGUGCAGGUUGGCAAUUAGCGUGCAGCCAUGGGCCAUACAUGUGGCAUAAUAUGGAAAGAUCAACAGAGCUUCAUGCCCUCGGUUUCCAUUGGCCAGGACCUGAACAAGUCGAAAAGUUCUGGCCCUGUGAGCGUAUAUGCAGGCGAGCGCUAUGGCUCUGGCACGGGUUGAGAAUCUUUUACAUCGUAGUCGAUCCAAAGUACCUCAAUCCAAAGCCCUGGGAUCCGAACGAAGAGCGAUUCUGGGGUGAGGAUGAUGAUUCUGAUGGGCCUGGGCAGAUUGCACCCUUUGUUGAAAACUACAGACAGGACUAUGAGCGAGGCGAGCGCAGAUUCUUUUAUGUGGGAGGUCGGCAGUACUUCGAAGUGCCUACGGAGGUGGUUGCAGAGGCUGGAGACCUCGAAGAGGUGGCAGAAGCCAUAACUAUGGCUCGUCGAUUUCUUAACGAGUGGCAUGAAUAUAAUACAGACUCGUCAUUCAUUAGUUGUCUGGUCUUGUCUUGGAAGGAUGCAUAAACUAUGUACAUUUUCUCGAGGCCGUCACCAUUUCUCUGCUUACCUCUCUGAUAAUUUCCAUCAUCGACCUAUCAUAACAAUUACUAUAAUUAUAUUUCGCGUGUUGCGCGGUGACAAUUUACAUGAAGUUUUA